UGUGUUGAUACGUCACUUCCAACAGAAGUGCUUCUUCUCACUGAGAGGAAAGCUGUUGUGUUUGCUAUCGAGUGUCAUCAAUAUUCCUCUGAGUAUUGUUGGGUGCUGCUGUCAAGCAGAUAAAAAGAUAAUAUGUUCUCCUUCAACAUGUUCGAGCCCCAUGUGGGUCGGGUCUUCCAGAACCGCUUCUCCACCCAGUACCGCUGUUACUCUGUGUCCAUGCUGGCGGGGCCCAAUGACCGUUCAGACGUAGAGAAAGGAGGAAAGAUAAUUAUGCCUCCAUCUGCUUUGGACCAGCUGAGCAGACUUAAUAUCACCUAUCCCAUGCUGUUCAAACUCACCAAUAAGAAUUCAGACAGAAUGACACAUUGUGGCGUUCUGGAGUUUGUGGCUGAUGAAGGAAUCUGUUAUCUCCCUCACUGGAUGAUGCAGAACUUGCUGUUGGAAGAAGGAGGUUUGGUCCAGGUGGAGAGUGUCAAUCUCAUGGUGGCCACAUACUCCAAAUUUCAGCCUCAGAGUCCAGACUUCCUGGAUAUCACAAACCCUAAAGCUGUAUUAGAGAAUGCAUUGAGAAGUUUUGCCUGUUUGACCACAGGAGAUGUGAUUGCAAUCAACUACAAUGAAAAGAUCUACGAGUUACGUGUCAUGGAGACUAAACCAGACAAGGCCGUGUCCAUCAUUGAGUGUGAUAUGAAUGUGGACUUUGAUGCGCCUCUUGGUUAUAAAGAACCAGAAAGACACAUGCAGCAUCCUGAAGAACCAGCUGAGGAGGAAACAGAUCCUAGUAACUAUGAGAUGGACCUUGGCUUUAGAGCAUUUACAGGCUCUGGGAAUCGUCUAGACGGGAAGAAAAAAGGAAUCGAGCCCAGUCCAGCACCCAUCGACCCCAGUGACAUCAAACGAGGAAUUCCUAACUAUGAAUACAAAAUCGGAAGGAUCACCUUCAUCCGAAAUGCACGACAACAGCCCCGCAAAAUAGACAUGGAUGAAUCUGCCAGUAACUUCAUUGCGUUCUCUGGGGAAGGACAGUCCUUGCGCAAAAAGGGCAGAAAGCCGUGAUCACAAACACACAAUUCAGCUGGACUCAUCAGAAAAGUCAACUACAAUGCGCUUAUUUGUGCAGUGUUUGAGAGACCAUGUAGAUGAGAGACUCUCAACAUGGACGCUUUCCAGAAUGACACGACAGAUGGAAUUGUUGUUUUACGACUGGUUUGAUAUAUUGAAUCCAUUGUUUUUCAGAUAAUUUAAAUAAAGUUUACCCUUCUAUUCAUCAAACCUUAUCUUUUUUUUUUUUUUUUUUUUUUUUACAGAGUUGCUGUCUAUUAUUGACUUUAUUUUAACCCCCCUAUUGUCUUAGGGUCAUUUUUGACCCAGGACAGGUAAAGAAUAUGUUAUAAAUACUGCAUAGUUUUUGGUACUGAAACCAAACGUGACUUUGUCAAUACCAUCAAAUCAAACAAAGUAAAAGUGUAUUUAAUUGUUAGAGAAAUUAUUUAAAACAAACUGUUCCCUCAAUUGUCUUAACUGGUCAAUUUUGACCGAUAUGGAAAGAACCCGUUGUGACCUUUCACUUUCUAGAUGUUAUACAGCUCAAAAUAUUUUUUUGUACAUAUAAGAGUCAAAUCUGACCUAAAAAUAUUUAAAAUUAUUGCAAAUUUAGCCCCCAGCCCCAUAUGGUUCUCUAGCUUCCCCACCGGCUCAAUUGGGUACUGCAUCUUUCACACAAAUUGCACACUUUCCUCUCAAACACGGUAUAUCCACCCCCACAGUUAGUUUUUUUUUUUUUUUUUUACAGUUCUGAACAGGUAAUAUGUUAGUAACUAAGUUUACUAACAUGAUUUUAUAUGAUGGGGCACAAUGGGGCUAAAAGCCCACCAAUGGUAAAAGACCUGCUGAAUGCAAUUUUCUCCUAAAACAUUAGAUGGCAGAAAGAACUUUUACAGCAUCUUCCUAAACUUCUGUAACACUGCCACAAAUUGUUUGACAUUAGUGGGAAUGAAUGGAUUUGUUGCAGUGGAUGUGCAAAGUGGGCCAGAAACUGUUGUAAUAUAGUUAAAAAGUUAUAAAAUGCCAGAAGUAAUUGAAAUACACGUAAAUUGAGACAUCUUUGGCCAAUGUUUGCCAAAUGUUUACACUUUAUGUGUUGUUGUAUGAAUUACUUCAUAAUCAAUAUCUGUCAUUUCCCCCAUCACUGUACACUUUGGGACCACAAUAAAACACAUUUUCAUUAA